AUGGAGUUUGACAAAUCGUUUGGAAAUAAUACAAUUGGAUGGAGUCUUGUAGUUUUAUCUCAGAAUCAUAUUCUUCUAUCGAUUUCAUCAAUUGGAGUAUUUCUUCAUUUCUUAUUAUGGUUUCAAUUGUUCUAUCAUAAAAUUCGAUUUGACUUUAGUUUUAUCUUUCCUCUUUGUUAUAUUUCGACCGAUAUUUUUCUUAUAAUCGGAUAUUUUGUUCAAUAUGGUAUUCGUACCACAGCUAAAACAACAACAUCGCAAGUUUCAUGUUAUUUUGAAGCUUUUUUUGGGAUUUAUUUUAAUAUACUCGAAACAUGUUAUUUAGCUGCUAUCAGUGUUUGUCGUUAUUAUCAAAUCGUUCGAAAUGAGAAUGUUUAUAUAAGACAUUCAUAUGGUAUUUUAUUCAUAUGUAUCAUAAUUCCUUGUAUAAUUAUGAUUAAUAUGAUUGUUCAAUAUGAAAUGAGUUGGUGUAUUGUUAUUGAACAACCUGGAUCAAGUUGUUCACUUGCUUUUAACUCGAUUUCAGUUCGAAUAUGGAAUCUUACUGUUAUUUUUGCUUUACCAAUUAUGAUUAGUUUAAUUACAUCAAUUCGAUGUAUAACUUAUCUUAAGCAUGCAUAUUCUCAACAAAUUCUUACACGACGAAAUCAUCAUCAUCAAUUAAUUUGUCGUUUUUGCACUUUUUAUGCUAUUUGGUUGAUUCUCUGGGCGCCAUAUGUUUUAUUAAUUCAUCUUGAUAUCGAAACAAUUGGAAAUCAAAUAAAUUUUCUUGCAUCUCUAGGAAAUACUAUAGAAACAACUAUUGAUGGCAUUAUGCUUAGCGUUUUAGACAAGCGUCUGGCAAUGGCUUGGGGGAAAACUUUCAAUAUUGUUCUUCGACGAUUAAAUUGGAAUCAACGAAACAAAGUAAAUCCGCUACACCAAUUAACGUUGCCUGUUAAUAAUAAAACAUAUCUAAAGAACAAUAAUACGCAUGCUAUUAAGUCUGUGUAA